GCCGGCACAGAUAUCUUGCUAUCCACGCCGCAGGCCACCCUGCCGCCCUUCCCGUUCCGUUCACCAGCUCAACCCGUCCAACGGUCAGGCGCCAUUCCCCAGCCAAACCCAGGGCACCGAGCUCUCCCAUGGACCCCUGCACCGCCCCGCCGGAGCCCUCCACGUGGCGCCGCGCGGUGAGGCGCCGCUCGCUGGACGGGGCCGGAGUACCGCCGGGGUGCCGGAGGGCGGAGGAGCUCGAGGAGGCGGUGUGGCGGCUGCGGGCGGAGAAGGAGGCCGCGGAGCGCGCGGCGGCGGCGCUGCGGGCGGAGCUGGACGCGGAGCGCGGGGCUGCGGCGACCGCGGCGACCGAGACGAUGCUGAUGAUCGCGCGGCUGCAGCGGGAGAAGGCCGCGGCCAUGAUGGAGGCGCGCGAGCUCCAGGCCCUCGCCGAGGGCCGGGCCCUGCGGGAAUGCGAGCUGCAUGACCGGCUCGCCGCGGUCUCCGCGCUCGCCGCGUCCUACGCCGCGCUGCUCCGCGCACACGGCGUCGACCCCGAGGAAGCGGAGGACGGCGGGAACUACGAGGACGAGGACGACGAUCAUUCCGUCGAAUACCUCGAGGCGGACGCGGAUGGGGACGGCGAGAGCCACGGCGGAGACGCGGAGGCGACGGCAGUCACGGCACUGGUGGCCGAGGAGCCGCCGUCACCGCCUACGGCCGAGGAGGAGUCGGAGUACACCGCGGACGUGCAGUGCGUGCCGUGCGCGGCCACGACGGAAGCCGCGGCCCCGCCGGCGCUGCGGGAGGCGAGCGCUGCCCGUGUCGCCGAGGACCCCAGUCUCUACGGGAGGGUAGCGGCGCUGGAGGCGGAGAGCGCGGCAAUGCGGAGGGAGGUGGCGGCGCUGCGGGCGGAGCGCGCGCUGGUGGUGCUGGCGAGGGAGUUGGCGCGGCGGCUGUGCCUGCAGGCGGCGGCAGACGAGAGGGCCGCCGUGGCGGCGGCGGAGAGGCCGCGCUUCUCGGCGCUCGCCAUUUGCAGAGUACUUGUUCUGAUAACUGAUAUAGUGUGGCUAUUCUCUACAAUAAUUUGGGGAAAGACACAUUCUGCAUCUGCAGCCAGCUCCUCGUCCGGCUCGUCGACGUCGUCCCACCUCCGCCAGAUUCUACUCCUGGGGAGAUCCAAAGGCGAUCACCGGAUCCAGAUCAGCCGGUCUCCACCGCGCAACCAAAUGCCUGUGAGCGGAGAGACUGGACUGGCCGGCUGCGAGAAGCCAUGGAGUUCCCCGUUGUGAUGAACUGAUGGCGCCUGCAAGUUUUGGCUACGUGUAUCUGGUCAGGAAUUUCAUAAAGCAGUCUUCAGUUCUUAUAGGAACUUCCGCGUUCCAAACAAGGCUUUAAUUUCUGGCACCACGUGCAUGUGUAGACCAAUUAGUGUACACAACUCUUGUAAAUACACAUAGUUAACUUGUUAAUGCAUUCUUCACAUAA